GAGAAGUAUCGUUGCAAAUGGCAGAUGUGUAAAACUGUUCUACUUGUUUUCUCAUAAUAUAAAAAAAUUAUCAGAUCAAUUUUAAGUUAAGAUAUUAGAGUAACACAUUAUAACCAUUAUUGUUAAAUAAUUAUUGUUGAUAAUAUAAGUAAGUGAAUUGUAGAAUUAUGGCCAAACUAGUCGAUAUUUGGCGGUGUGACCAGCCGGUCGAUUUAUUACGACGACAAAUGCCAUUAAUUGUUGACGAUAAUCUUACAAUGAUCAUGGAUUUAAAUAAUUUAGGAUAUAUUAAUGAAAAUCCUUUAGCUAGAGGAAAACCACUCGAUGAAUUUAUAAAAAAAUUGAACGUUCUAACGAAAGAUGAAGUUAAGGCAUCUUUUAAAGCUACUAAUAAAGAUAUAUUAUCUAUUCUCGGACAGGCUGUGCCUUGCGUUGGGUGUAGAAGAAGUGUAGAAAGAUUAUUUUAUGAUCUCAUGGGAUCAGAACACCAAGCUCUCGAUCCAUUAAUCGUUACUCCAGAAGGGAUGGUUACUAUUGAAGAAGAAACUUUAGCACAACCAAAAUUACUUUGUACUAUUCUGCAAGGUCAUAGUGCACGACUAAAUAGUCUUUUAGAACGUCAAACUCGUAAUAAAAAAUCACGUCGAUGUGCCUUACAUUCUCUGGAAGUUCAACGAAUGAGACCACCUUUAAAUGCAUGGAAAGAAGCAUGGGAUGUUAUGAAAACAUCUUGUCGUCAAGAAGUAACACUUGUUGAGACAGAUACUUUAGAAAGUGCAUUAGAUAUUUAUUUACGUAAACAUCGAUUUUGUGGAGAGUGUCGUACAAAGGUAUUAUUGGCCUCAACACUUCUUACGUCUGAAUCAGAACCCAUGAAAGAGAAGGGAUAUGUUCCAGCUUUAUAUGCAGGUAUCAAACGAUGUAUACCAGAACGUCAUGUUCAUUUACCAACGAAUACAGAUUAUAUUAGUUCUUUAAUUGAUCGUGCACAGCCCGAAAUUAUUGGAAGGGAACGUCAUGCAAAAACGUUAGAAAUAGCUCAAGAAGAAGUUCUAACAUGUCUUGGAAUAUGUGUGACUGAUCGACUUUAUCGUAUUCAUCGCCGUUUAAGAGAAGAAGAAACAAUUUGUCAAGUCUUUGCUGCUGUAGCAAUUGAAACAUUAUUUAGAAACUUUCAAAUAGCUGUUGAAACAAAACAGGGAAUUACGCAAUUAGAACUUUUAUAUGAAGAAUUUACUCGGGAAGAAAUUAUUAAAAAACAACGGCGAGAAAAAUUACGUCUUAAAAGAAAAAAAAAGAAGGAACGUAAAUAUGAAAAUAUUGAAGAAAAAGAAAAUAAUUGUGAGGGGUCGGAAGAAAAAAAAAAUAUUAGUGAUGAUAGUCGUUAUGUAAAACCUAAACCAACUACUAAUAGUGAUGAUCGACAUACACUCCAAAUUGUGGAUCCGAUAAAAAAAGAACAAUCAACUUGCGGUUGUCCAGAUUGUUCACAGAAACCAAAAAUAAAUGAAACUUCACCAAUAGUUAAAAUAUCACUGCAGUUACCCCAAUCACCUCUUAGUCGAAAUAAGAAAUUAGUGAGAAAGCCAUCUCAACCAUCUUUGAAGACGGCAAAUAUUAAAGAAGUUUUAAAUAAACCAAAAAUAAUUCUUGAAAAAGCCAGUAGUCCCAAAAAGUCUAAAAUUGUCAAAGAAAUUAAUCGUGAAUUGUGUUUAUGCUGUGAAAAGUUUUGUGAUCACUCAGUUAAAAUAAAAAAAGAUAGUGAAUGGUAUUUAGAAAAGAUAGAUAAAAGUUCAGAAGUUGGUGUAAUUAAUCAAAUAGAUUUGAAUCGUGAUUUAAAUCAGCCAUUAUUUCAAGACUAUGGUUAUUUAUCGGAACAUAAUGCCAGCAGUUCAUCUGUUCCUAGUACUCCAGAAGGAUCAGAAGUUGCAUGUAGUGAAGGAUAUUGUAGUCAUGAAGGUGAAUGCCCGGAUAAUAGAUUUUUUGAAAAGCCAGAUCAUUCCAUGUUGGGCAUUACAUUAUUAAGAGAACAUGGCUUAACGCUUACUCAAAUGUUAGAGGACUCACGUUUAUCCGAAAAUGAAAAUACCGAAUACUACAUCUCAGCGGAAGAAGUACGAAACUUCAAAGCUCAAAUGUGCCAAUUACGAGAAAAACGACUACAGCUUCGACAAAACCUCAGGGAACGUUUUGCAAUACUUUGCAGUCAUUACAAAUCUUGUAGCAUUCCACAAUAAGUACUUUAAAUUUAUGAUGAAUCAUCAAAUUUAUUUUAUCGUUUGAUUUGUUGUAUUUCCGUUAUUUAUUAAAUCAUAAGGAAACAAAUAAAAAAGUGACAAAAUUUAAUUGAUGUUAUGAUGCACACUAACAAUGGGUUAUUCUAAUUAAAAAAUUUUUAUUGGAAUUGAUUUUAUUAAGAAAUAACUUGUUUGAAUGAAUCAGGAAAUUAACAAUUCUCAGAAAAAGUUAAAUUAAAAUGUAGUUAUGUUACAUAAUUUAAUUUAUCAAAAUCAGUAGGUUUUCAUCUACAUACAAAUUAUGCAAGUAUAUAAAUAUCAAACAUUUGGUAAA